AUGGAGGUCUGGCUGCCGGGCACCUAUCGCAUCCAGCUGCUGCAGCGGCGAAAGAUCUGCAUUUUUGGCCUGAUCCGGGUGAUGCACCUGCCAAUGCCUCCAAAGGUUCUUGAGGCCUGUUGCCAAGCCUUGCUGCGACUGCUGAGACUACGGCAAGCGGGACAUCCAGUGCUAAUCUUCGAAGAGCUCUUCAACAACAGGCCCCUGUUUCUUUGCAAGCGCUCGGAGGGCAUCAAUCCCGGCGAUGAGUUUCAGGUGGCUUAUAACCAUUUGGACCAAGCUGAGCUGAAAGAAGAUGUUUGGGAUGUGCUCCCGGAGAUUCAGGACGUGCCGACCGCCAAGGUGGCGGUGAAGCAAGCGCUGGCGCAACUGGGGGAGGCAAAUUUGUUGGAGGUGCGAGAGAAGAAUGCUCGCGCGUUAAUGAGAGGUCGGCUUCGAGAGCGACGGCAGCAGCGGUUGAAGAUGAGCUUCUUCAAUCAAACGACGGCGCUCUUGGAGUCGGUGGUGCAGACCUGGUUUCAAGUGGCCCGCGACCAUCGAAUAACUCGCCGGAGGCAAGAAAUGCUCCGGGAUAAGAAACUUCGGGAGGUGACGCGGAUCCUCCUCACUGGGAUGCUACAUGGAGCCGAGCUCUUCUGCAUCCUCGAGGCCUGGCAUCAAAUGGUGCAAGAGCGCCGUUCCGGCGAAGAGAAAAAGCUCAAAGCCCAGAAGGUCAUCUCUCAGUUGGCCUCAGAUCAGCUGGGAAUGGCCUUCACUGGUUGGUGCGCGGCUUGCAAGGCCCAGCGUGCUGCAGAGGCACAGCGUUUUCAGGCGGUGCAAAAGACUGUCCUUGUAGGACUGCAAGCCACAGUGGGCGUUGUAUGGGCUGCUUGGGCCAAAGGCUUGGCUAAGCGAAAACGGAAACAGCAACUUCUGCAGCACCUGUCCGCCUCCUCGGAGCAGAGCCUUCAACUGGCCUUCGGUGCCUGGUGGCGGCACUGCAACGUCUCGAAGGCACGACAUUCUCGCAGAAGCUCCGCGGCAGAGCGGGCUGUUUUGAAGAGCCUCAGGGGCAUCCUGUCGGAGAGCUUCACGGAGUGGAAAGACCUUACGCGCAGUGAAAGGCUUCACGUGCUUGGAGGCCAAUUGGCCCGAGCCAAAGGCAACGUGAAGGCCUUGAGCGCCUUGAAGCUGAAGACCGUUUUGCAGCAGGAGAGCGGCUGCAUGUGUAGGAUCCUGAUGUGCUGGCAGUUGUGGACCUCAGAACAGCUGGCCAUCCAAAAGGAGCGCCGCCGACUGGCGCGCACCGCUGGGCUGGGCCGCUCAUCAGCCAUCCGCUUGCAGUGCCGUUUGACGCAGCAGCGGGUGAUGUUGGCUUGGCUGAUGAUGAGCAAGCUCCGACCCACCGCAGAGAAGCCGGGCACCUUCAUCGUGAAGUCCUUGCCGGAACCACAGGCCCGCCUGGCCCUUCCGAGCCCAGUGCAAGUGGUCACGUCAGUGGAAGCCAUCGAUGAGCCGCCGCAGGCAGUGACCUUUGAGGUGGAACGUUCGCCCAAGGACUCUCCCGAGUCGGCAGCCGCAGCAGCCGCAGCAGCUGCCUGGCUCCAGGCCUCAGAAGCACCGAGCCCCAGCAGGUUCCGGGUCACCACCAGCCCCACGCGGGCGAGUGAGCGAUAUACCCUGGCUUCGAAGGCCGCAACAAAUGAUGGAGAUUAUCGCCAGCUGCUGGAGCACCACCGGCGAGAGAUCCGCGAACAACGCGAGGCUGCAAGACGCAGCUCUCCCGAGAGGGUGCAGCAGUGGGGCGUGUGGGCCAAAUGA